AUGGUAACGCGAACUUUUGCCUUUUUAUGUUUUAGAGUGGAUCCGUUGAACGUUGAAUUCAACGUCCCGAAACCAUUCGCCAGAAUCGAAUGCGAAUGGACGAAAAGAGAAAAGUCGUUGACAGAACAUGAAGGACCACCGGAAAAGAUAAAUGCAAACCUAACGAGGGAGAAGCAUGGUCCGCGGGACGCAACCGAGGAAAAUCGACCGACUAGAAGAAAGACGUGUGUAGAGUGCGAUCACUGUCGCCGCAAGUUUUUGAAAAAGAGCAACCUCGCCGAGCAUCUGAAGCAGCAUAGGCACAAAUGCGCCGACUGCCCGAAGACCUUCAGCCUUCGGCGUUAUCUGGUCUCCCACGUCGAGAAGAAUCAUCGGCAGCAAAUGUACGAAUGCAGCGUGUGCAAGUACAAGAGCAACAACAAAGGUACCCUGAAGAAUCACUACAUCCGGCUGCACACGAGCAACUACGACUACGCGUGCGACACGUGCGGCAAGCAGUUCAAGAUAAAGAAGGCCCUGAAUCACCACGUGAAGCAGAAUCACAGCGAAGCCCCGCCGAUCGUGUGCGAUGUCUGCGGCCACUUCAGCAAGAACCUCCAUGCCCUCAAAGCUCACAUGAAGUACCGGCAUUACAAGCCGGAGUUUGUCUGCCGGAUAUGCCGGCGGGGUAUGACGACACAAGAGAAUUUGGAGCAACAUCUUAUGUGGCAUGAAACCAGGGAGAAGGUACUCUGUCCUACUUGCGGCAAGAGAUUCCGGGGACGCGACCUGGACUCGCAUAUGAGAGUGCACACUGGGGUGAAGCCGUUCCCUUGUCCUGUUUGCGGAAAGACUUUCCGACGGCAAACUGCUCAAGAGCAGCACGUGUUGAUCCACACCGGAAAGAGACCUUACAUUUGCGAUAUUUGCGGUCAAGCGUUCGCCCAAAAGCCCGGCCUGAUCUGCCACAGAAAGAGACAUCCUGGCCCGCUGCCCCCGCUGCCUGUAGUCUCCAUCAAAAACAUCGUCACGGAAUUCACGAAAGAAUACGCGACGAAAAACGCAGUCAUCAAAAUUGAAUAA